AUGGGUUUGACGAGGGGUUUCCUGAGAUGGAGAAUUCUCAGCACAUUGCUUGGCACCAUAGCUCGGUCUUCAAAUUGUCUGCCUGCUCUAGCUACAAUGUCUCUAAGGGGUGCAUGUCGGUUAUUGAAUGAAGGGAUAAGUGUACUUGUUACAUCAGCGUGUACAUUGAUGUCUUUACAUUUGGGCCAGUGCUCUCUUCUCACUCAUUUUGCCAUCAAUGUUGUGGCUGAUGUGUUGGGACAUAUAUUGAAGGAGCUAUUUAUAGAUGAUUGCCAAAACAUCAAUGCGAUGUUUGUCUUGUCUGCUUUGAAACGGUUGGAAUGUUUAGAAGUAUUGUCAGUUGCAGGCAUUCAGACAGUCUGUGAUGAUUUUAUUUCUGAAAUAGUCACUACUCUUGGUUCAAAUAUGAAGGAAGCUGUAUUGGCCAAUUGCUUCAAAAUAACUGAUGAUUCAUUGGAAGCAAUGAGGCGCACUUGUUCCAGUCUCUCUGCCAUUGACCUUUCCAACUUGGAUCUAUUGACAGACUCAGCACUACAUUAUCUCGCCAAUGGUUGUCGGUCAAUCCAAACACUUAAGACUUUGUCGAAACAACUUCAGUGA